AUGGUGUUACCUGGUGAAGGAGGAGGAGACUACAUGACGACGACGACGACGAAGGGACACGAGAGACCCAAGGCUCUCCACAAUUUCGGGCUCCUGAAUUGGGGAACACAGCGGCACAUGAGGUGCGUCAAACUCGAAUCCGACGCCGACGAUGAUCAUCAUCAACGACUCCGACGACACCGCCGAUCUUCUCCUUCCCAAUUCGACGGCGCGGCUCCGUUCCGAAUCGGCGGUGGAUUUGAGAGAAAUCGGAAUCGGAAUCGAAUUCGAUUGGAGGCGGCGGAGGACGGCGAGGAGGAGGAAGGAAUCGAAGAGUUUAGGGAGAAGAUCAUGUCGGAUCUGAGAACGGUUGCUGAUAAGAUGACGAAAUCGAUUCUAGGAAAGCAAGCUUCAGGCCUCGACGACGAAGAGGAAGAAUUAGAAACUCGGGAGACGGAGAGGGAGGUUUCUCCGCCGGAAGCGCCGGGAACAGCGGCGGAGGCGAGACCGUGGAAUCUAAGAAAGAGAAGAGAAGCUUCUUGUAAAGCUCCGGUUCCGGAAACCGGAAUCCGUAACGCCGCGAAUCAGCGCAAUUACAUGGGAAUGCAGUUUAUCGAGGAGAAACCAGAGGAUUCGUCGAAACCGCGGCGGAGAUUGACGUCGGUGAUGUCGAAGAAAGAGAUCGAAGAUGAUUUCAUGAAGAUGAUUGGUCAGCGACCAUCUCGACGGCCCAAGAAACGUCCCAGAACCAUUCAGAAACAGAUCAAUAUGUUGCAUCCGGCUUAUUAUAUGUAUGACAUUACUGAAGAUCUCUACAAGAUCACAGACCCCGAAGAGAACAGAAAGAGAUGA